AUGGGUCAGCCGUCAUCCCAGGCGUCCAACGCCAUAGUAUACCUAACUUAUGGUGCAUUUCUUAUUCUGGGAACAGCCCUGGCAUGGAGAUUCCGCAAGGACUCUAAGGGCGAGUUCCUCUCGGGAAACAGAACUCGGACUGCACUUCCGAUCGCCCUGAACUUCAUCGCUUCUGGUCUCGGAUCUGGCAUCCUCUUCUCCUACCCGGAGCUCGCCACGAUCGCCGGCGUGCAAGGCGUGAUCACCUACGCGCUGAUGUCCGCCCUGCCUCUGCUGAUCUUCGCGGCUCUUGGGCCCAUAAUCCGCCGGAAGUGUCCCGAGGGCUUCGUCCUUACGGAAUGGACACGCCAGCGCUACGGCGUCAUAACGGCCCUGUGGUUGAGCUUCUUGACGCUGGUUACCAUGUUCUUGUACAUGGUAUCUGAGCUGUCCGCAAUCGGCCAGGUCGUCAGCACUUUGACAGGGCUGGACUCACUUCCAGUCCUCAUCGUGCAGUGUGUUGUUACGACCAUCUACACCUCUCUCGGCGGCUUCAAGGUCUCCUUCAUCACGGACAACAUCCAAGGCACUAUGGUGCUGGGCCUCAUCAUAAUCGCAACAAUCACCAUCGGUGCGCGAACCGACAUCCAGCCGGGCCUCGUCGAACGUUCUGGUCUUCUAGAACCAAGCUUGCUCGGCUGGCAGCUCCUGUACAUCUUCCCGGUGGCGAUUAUGACCAAUGACUUCUUCCUCUCCAGCUUCUGGCUGCGGACCUUUGCCUCAAAGACCGACAAAGAUCUCUGGAUCGGCGUCAGCAUCGCCGUCGUCUGUGUGCUCAUUAUCCUAACGCUCGUAGGAAUGACCGGCUGCAUCGCGGCGUGGUCCGGCGCCUGGCCCGGCGACCCAGCCCAGGAGGGCAGUGUAGCAUUCUUCCUGCUGCUGGAGCAGCUCCCCAACUGGGUGAUCGGGAUCGUUCUCGUCAUGGCUGUGUCGCUGUCUACCGCGUCCUUCGACUCGCUCCAGUCGGCCAUGGUCUCGUCCGCCGCCAACGACCUGUUCCGCAACAAGCUGAACAUCUGGUACAUCCGCCUGGGCGUUGUGCUGCUCAUCGUUCCCGUGAUUGUCAUUGCGCUGAGGGCCAUCUCCAUCUUGCAGAUCUACCUCAUCACGGACCUGCUCUCGGCCUCAACUAUCCCCGUGCUGGUCCUCGGCCUCAACGACAGGGUCUACUGGUGGCGCGGCUUCGAGGUCGUCGUCGGCGGGCUGGGCGGCAUCCUAAGCGUGUUCAUAUUCGGCACCAUCUACUACGGCAACGCCCUGGCUGGUGCACAACUGAUCCUCCUCGAGCAGGGCCUCUACGGCAACGACUGGGCUGCGUUCGGCGCCUUCGUUGCUGCCCCUGUCGGCGGGCUUCUCUUUGGCUUCGCAGCCUGUGCGCUGAGGCUCACUUUCCAAUUCUUGUGGGCAAAAAAGAAUGGUACUCGGUUUGCCGGGCUUGACCGCCCUGUGGACGAGGAUUCUGAGACAGAAGUGGUCGUCCAUCAGAAUGAGGAGGUACCUAUUUCCAAGCAUGCUGGCAAAUUCUUCUAG